AUGUCUGCUCAGCCCGGUGAGGAGCUCGGCUCGGAGGGGAGGUGGUUUGGGGAUGACUAUGAGAGGAAUGGCCUCUUUGGGAACACACCGACCCGUUUCGGCGAGUUACGUGACGAUUUUAAGCCGAGAGGCGGCGAGGUGUCGGGCGACCAGGAUCAACAAUUUCAUCCUUCCCAGGACGACAGGAAAAGGCCUCCCGUUGCUAUGGAAACUGCAUCUACAGAUGAUACCAUGUCUGGCCUGUUUAGGAAGCCCAUGAAUGAUGACGGAGAUGUCUACACCUCCCUGCUGUCUAAUCAGAGCUUCACAUCGGGUCGAGAAGCCUCCUACCUGUCGGACGACCUGAAACCAUCCAAGCCCUCCUCUGCCUCCUCUGCCCUGGAUCAGUUCUCCAGCGACACAUAUAGUUUCAGCUCCAACACCAAGAUGACUUCCGACUUGGCUGAUGACAUGCCAAAAUCUCUGUUCAGCUCAGAUAAGACAGAAUCCUACAACUACAUGGACAUCAGCCACGGGGAUGAGCGCCAUGACCAGCGACAGGGGGCUCUGCACAGCCUGGUGGACACAGGCUCAAGUGGUCAUGACUCAUUGGGCAGCUACAUAGAUAAAAGCCCUGGGCGAGAUGAGGAUGACGAGGAGGAAGAUGAAAACCUAGGUUCAGCACUCGGCUCCCACUCUUUCCCCUAUGUGGAGGAGCCGUCUGAUGAAGAGCUGACAGACUACCGCUCCUAUCGAAACCUUGGUGGCACCCCGCAGACGGCCAGCCCAGUGAAGAUCACCUUGACCGAGUCCCAGCCUCCACCUGCCAAGACCGAGCCGCAGCAACAAGCCCCUCCAGUCAGUGUGUCUGAGCGUGAAAACGUCCUCAGUGUGGGCUUACAGGGGGUUCCCACUGUGACGCUAUCAGAGCCAGAGGACGACAGCCCAGCUUCCACUCCCAAUGCUUCACCAACACAAAAAGAAUUCCCUUCACAUGACAUGUUCAAGGCUGACGCAGUGAAGCCUGCAGCUUCCAAGAGCACUCCAAGCACACAGGCCGGCAGCAGGGAGCAUGAUGGCAGCAGCGCAGAGUCUGGAGACUCAGAGAUCGAGCUGGUGUCUGAGGAGCCUCCAAAGGCCAGUAGCAACCCAUUUGCCCAGCCGCCUAAAAGCAAGGGCACUUUCAGCCAGCCUAACAACCCCUUUGACAAUCCCCCUGUCGCCAAGGGUGGUUUUGGCCUGGCUGGCAACCACGCUCCACCCACAGCCUACAGCAUUCUGAGGGAGGAAAGGGAGGCAGAGCUUGACAGCGAUCUCUUCAUUGAGUCUGCGUCUGAAGAGAGCCCAAAGAGAGAGCAGGGCUUCAGUAGCCCCAAACCGGGAGCCAGUCCUCCCUCUCCUCUGGUUCCCAGUGCUGUCCCUCCCCGCAGUCCGGCUGAGGCGGUGCCAGCCGAGCCCUUGAUCACAGAAAAGGUUAAGACCCCAGUGAAAACAGAGGAGGAUCGCCCCACUAAGCCCAAGCCCCCCACUGCUGCCGUUCCCCCAGAGGUGCGAUCAGAGAGGCCCCACCAGGAUGACAUGCACAAGCACACCAGUGAGGGCCAAGGAGACCUAGGAAAACCUGCUGUCUCAGUCUUCGUUGGCUUUAAUAAACAAAAAGCGAUUGACCUGCUCUACUGGAGGAAUGUGAAGCAGUCGGGGGCCGUGUUCAGCAGCGUGCUUCUGCUCCUUUUCUCCCUGACCCAGUUCAGCGUGGUCAGCGUCGGAGCCUACUUAGCCCUGGCAGCCCUCUCUGCCACCAUCAGCUUCAGGAUCUACAAGUCUGUGCUGCAGGCUGUGCAGAAGACCGAUGAGGGACAUCCUUUCAAAUCCUACCUGGAGAUUGAAAUUGCUCUAUCCCAGGACCAGAUUAGCAAAUAUGCCGACAAAAUCCUGCUGUACACCAACACCUGUAUGAAGGAGCUCCGCAGGCUGUUCCUCGUACAAGAUCUGGUCGAUUCCUUGAAGUUUGCUGUUUUGAUGUGGCUGCUGACCUAUGUGGGCGCUCUCUUCAACGGCCUGACACUGCUCAUCCUAGCUGUCGUCUCCAUGUUCACCAUGCCUGUGGUUUAUGAGAAACAUCAGGCACAGAUUGAUCAAUAUGUGGGACUAAUACGGACCCAGGUCAACUCUGUGGUGGGAAAGAUCCAAGCGAAGAUCCCCGGGGCCAAGAGGAAGGAGGAGUAGACCUGUCUGUCUCACCGUGAAGCUGACAGUCCAGUCCAGCUCAAGAGUCAGGCAGUCUGCUCACCGUUCAAGAGCCUGGUCGUCAUCUGUGGGGCGUAGUGCUAUGUCAUCUUGGUGUUCUCUAAAAGCAUCCACUGGAGAAGCCUUCACCCUGUCUAUAGCAGUCUAAACACUAACACACACACACACACAGUCACACGUACAUAAUCCUGUUUCUAGGUAGACAAGUACACAACUCCAAAACAAAAAAAGAAACUGACUUUUUUUGUGUUGCUUAUUAUAAAGUGCAUGAAGUCGAGCCUUGGGUAAAUAAUAUUUGAUAUAUUUUGUGCAGUUUUUAAAUCACGCUACAUUUUUGCUUUGCAGUGCUUGCCACAAACUUUACGGUUUGGCACAAAAAAGCUAAAUGCCCUCAGACGUGCUCUGCUGCCAAUGUUAAAUACUGCUUCAUGUUUCUGAGUUAGCAGACGGGGCUUCUCUCAGUCAAUGUCAAUAUAUAUAAAUAUCAAAAAUGAUUUUCUUUCGGUGUUUCCAAGCACAAAAUAAUUUAACAAUAUGCGUCUUAGAUGUGGUAAUGUAGGGUUUUUGCUUUUGUAUAACCAUAAGGAACAAUACACACGCUCAUGUUUUAGGUACUGUUGUACAACUACUAUGAAGACAAGGAGUAUCUGGUGAUAUUUAGCUUGUUUGAAUAACUGUCCAACUUUGUACUAUGUUCAACUAUACUCUGUAGUUCUUUAGACCCUGGACUCUAACUAUUUGCACUUACACUAUGUAUUUAAUUACAAGAAUAAGAAAAAUAAAUGUACCUUGAUGUAUAACAUC